CGGCUGCGGUGCACGCACGGGUCAAAUUCGCACUCGAACGCUAGCCGGCUGGUUAGCCGUAAGAGCUAUCACUAUUUACUUCAGACGACAUUAUUUAAAAAAAGACGUUAGAAGCUUUCUUUAACUUGAUGUAAGUUUCACGCAGGACGCAGUUGGCAGAUAAUUAGCUCGCCAGAUAUAAUCUAGAUCUAUAAUCUGAGUGUUAUAUAGCUAGCACGGGUUAAUUAUCUAGAGAUGGCUAACCGAUGCUAACUAGCUAAAUUGUUCUGAAGCUUUUCAUUCCUGAAUGUGUUUAUCUGUUGACUUGGCUGUCACUGUAAGCUCAGAGACUAAAGUUUACGUGGGUAACCUGGGCACUGGUGCAGGGAAGGGCGAGCUUGAGCGGGCGUUCGGUUAUUACGGGCCGUUGAGAACUGUGUGGAUCGCUAGGAACCCACCAGGGUUCGCCUUUGUGGAGUUUGAAGAUCCCAGAGAUGCGGAGGACGCCGUCCGUGGCCUCGAUGGCAAAGUGAUCUGUGGUACCCGUGUGCGUGUGGAGUUAUCGACCGGAAUGCCGCGCCGCUCCCGCUACGACCGCCCGCCCACUCGUCGCCCCUUUGACCCCAACGACCGCUGCUACGAGUGCGGUGAGAAGGGGCACUAUGCCUAUGACUGUCACCGCUACAGUCGCCGCCGGCGAAGCAGGUCUCGGUCACGCUCACGUUCUCGCGGGAGAAGGUAUUCACGUUCCCGCUCUCGCAGCCGAAGCAGGGGCAGGAGGUCCAGGUCCUUCUCCCCUCGGCGUUCUCGCUCUGGCUCAGCUCGGCGGUCCAGGACCAGCACACCUCGGAGGUCUAGGUCUCGAUCAAGAUCUCGCUCCCGUUCUCGUUCUGUGUCUCGUCCGAGAAGCAGAUCCGGCUCUGUUGGGAGAUCCAGGUCUGGUUCUGCAGCCAGGAGCCGUUCCAAAUCUAGAGCUUCACCUCUGAAGCAAAGUCGCUCUCACUCUCGAAGUCCUGGCAGAAGCAAAAGCCCAGAAAAAGAUGACUGAGCCUCUAAUUCUUUUUUAAAUUUCUCCUGUCUCCUGUUCUUGUUUUUUCCUUUUGAGCACCUCAGUUUGGAAAUGAAGGUUUCUUCUUUGUGAUUUUUUUUUUCUUGUUUACAUGACUUGCAAUGUUUACUUCAGCAGAGGAUAGAUUUUUUAAAAAAAUUGGUUGCAUUAUUUAAACAAGAUUGACAUUCAAACAGCUUUGUGUGAUUUAGAAAUUUUUUAUUUUCAUUUUCUCACUUAGAUGCUGUGUAUAGUACGAAUAUUCUGGGAUUUAUUUAGACUUUUUUUUAAUGUGCAAAUUAAAUUAAGUUUAAACAAAACGAAA